AUGGGCAAGCUCGCUACUGCUGUCUCGGCGGCUCUGCUGCUCGCCAGCAACGCCGCUGCCCUUGACCCCAUCGUCAUGAAGGGCUCCAAGUUCUUCUACGAGAACGGUACCCAGUUCUACAUCAAGGGCAUUGCCUACCAGCAGGACACCGCCGCUGCUGGUGGUGAGUCCAAGACUGGAGAGUUCAAGGACCCCCUCGCCGACGAGACCGCUUGCAAGCGCGAUGUCCCCAUCCUGGCCAAGGCUGGUACCAACGCCAUCCGUACCUACGCCAUUGACCCCAAGCAGGACCACACUGCCUGCAUGAAGCUCUUGAGCGAUGCCGGCAUCUACGUCGUCUCCGACUUGGGCGAGCCCAAGACCUCCAUCAACCGUGACAACCCGCAGUGGAACACCGCUCUCUUCGACCGUUACACCGCUGUCAUUGACGAGCUCGCCAAGUUCGACAACGUCAUCGGUUUCUUCGCCGGUAACGAGGUCUCCAACAACAAGACCAACACCGAGGCCUCCGCUUUCGUCAAGGCCGCCGUCCGUGACUCCAAGAAGCACAUCAAGGACAAGGGCUACCGCUGGAUGGGUGUUGGCUACGCCGCCAACGAUGAUGCUGACAUCCGCAUCAACUCCGCCCACUACUUCAACUGCGGUGAGCAGGACACUGCCAUUGACUUCUGGGGCUACAACAUCUACUCCUGGUGCGGUAAGAACGACAUGAAGGGCUCCGGCUACCAGACCCAGGUCGACUUCUUCGCCAACUACUCCGUCCCCGUCUUCCUUGCUGAGUACGGCUGCAACAUCCCCGACGGUGCCGAGGGCCGUCUCUUCCAGGACACCACUGCUCUGUACUCCAAGGACAUGACUGACGUCUUCUCCGGCGGUAUCGUCUACAUGUUCCACCAGGAGGCCAACGACUACGGUCUGGUCAAGAUCAGCAACGGCAAGGCCACCACCAUGAAGAACUACGACGUCCUCGCUUCCCGCGUCCUGGCCGCCACCCCCACCGCUGUUCAGAUGGACUCGUACAACCCCACCAACAAGCCUGCUGAGUGCCCUGGUACCUCUGACAGCUGGGAGGUCAGCGGCAAGUCCCUUCCCCCCACCCCCAACAAGUCUCUCUGCGAGUGCAUGGUCAAGAGCCUUUCUUGCACUCCCAAGUCUGGCCUGAAGGCUACCGCCAUUGGUGAGAUGUUCGGCUUCAUCUGCGGUGCCGACCCCGCCGCCUGCUCUGGCAUCAGCGCCAACACCACCACCGGUGUCUACGGUGCCUACAGCAUGUGCGAUGACGAGCAGAAGCUUGCCUUCGUCCUCGACGCCUACUACAAGAACCAGAAGCAGGCCAGCACUGCUUGCGACUUUGACGGUCAGGCCCAGGUUGGUACUCCCUCCAGCGCCGACAGCUCUUGCAAGUCUGCUCUCGCCUCCGCCGACGCCCAGAACUCCGUUGCUGCCACUGCCACCUCUGCCCCCGACUCCACCUCCAAGCCCAGCUCCAGCGCUUCUGGCAACGCCGCUGCUGGUGCUCAGUUCCAGCCCCUCUUCACCUUCGGUAGCUUCGCUAUCGGCGCCUACCUUGUCGCCGCUGGUGCCGUCGGUGCCGCCAUGGUCGCUUUGUAA